CAGGACGCCUAAGCAGACUCCGCGCGCACGCGCUCUCGCACUCGCUCCCGUCCACACGCGUAUUUCUUCUUCCUGCGCGGAAGGUGAGGUGAGGCCGAUGUUUUGAGUGAACUUAUUGGCGUUUUAAAUUCUGCCUCCAACAGAUUCUGCGGAGGAUUUCUUUUGCAGCCUUCGUCUGAUCGCAGGAUUAUCCUCCAGGACAAAUGAUUGACUGCAACUAAUUCGGAAUGGGAGACCUUUGUACAAGGGAGAUAUCUUCUCUAGUGAUGGUUUAAUAUUUGGAGCAGGCGGGGUAAAGGAUGUGCAAUACUGGAGACUACGGUGACUCAAAGUGACUUGGUUUUCUCUGCAUGUCUAGCUUUGGGCACAGUUUAGUGAGUGAUAAUAUUGUGUGGAUCUAUUGUUUUGGAAUUAUCCUCUAUGUUCCGAUGAUGAGAGGUGUUCUGCCGUUACAACCGAUACAAAGGAUUAUCUGCAGAACCAGCUCCAAGCACAAGUCCACCUCCGUACCACGUGAUGUGACCCCAAGUGCACCAUGAACAGAACCUAUUUCUUUACGACCCUAUUAACAAGUGAACGUACAACAUAAUCAUGUAGCAAACGCCACGGUAAAAGAAAGUCUUUCUAAAGGUUUUAUCGUUGGAAUCUUCCUCCGAGAGGUAAAGAAAAACAGAAGCAUAGCAUGCCUUGAUCAUCAUCGUUUUCUCAGUGUGUGGCUUGAGGAGCGCCCGUCAUCUGCAUGUCUGUGUCUCGUGGUCGGAGAUCGAGACUAGCCGUUCCGAACUGAGAGGUACGGCACAUCGUGAUCUGCUCAGCUUUCAGUACUUGAAUGAGGGACUUUGGUACAAGGAUGUACUUGUGGCGGUAAAAUAUGUCUUGAAAACUCUCUCUUCUUUGAGAAAAGACUGCAGCGACCUGUUUUCUUGCUUCAAUUGAAAUAUCUCUGUAUAGCCUUGGUGGGUUGACCCCUUAGCCGCUUAGCGGGUCGCAACAAGUGUUUCCGAACGCUGCUCGUUGUGAGAAUUCUCGAAGAUUUUUCUUCCCAGUUCCAGCAGAACAAAAAAAAAAAACAAGUAGUGUGUUGGUGGGGUAUUCAUCUCAGCUUCAAGGAAGACACUGAGAAGAUUUCAUUGAGCGCUCCACUCUCGGGAAAGGCAGCCCGCGUCGUCGUGUCCACCGCUAAGGGUUCCAGUUCGCUGCCCAAUGCCUGGAUCAGCGCGUCCCCUCCGUCGCUUCAGGCGCCCAUGUUGGAUGCUGCUGCUGCUGCUGCUGUUGCCACAACGCUCCGUCUCUCACGGUUGCCCCGAGGUACCAUGCUGGGGAUAGUGGUUUCGCUGGUACUGGCCAGCCUCGUUCUUUGUGUAGCCUGCGACCUACCAUCAUCGUCGUCAUCCUCCUCCUCCUCCUCCACCUCGUCCUCCGCCUCCUCUCAUCACCUACAUCGUUCCCACACACACCCUCACACCCACCACACAGAUGUUUCUUCCCACACGGAGCAACAAGCCACGCCCCUUCCUGUUCCAGCGCCAAUCCCGCCUCCGGAGUAUAAGUCUUCCUCCCGCCCCCCGCCCGUCAAGCCUACAGUCAACAUCACCGCCGUGUUCGAAGAACGGGAUUUGGACGACUUUGUACCCAUAUUUGAACGCGCUCUUCAGAACAUUCGGAACGAAAGCAAAUCGUUUACGUGGGCAGGGCAUGCUCUCAGCGCAUCCCAUGAUAUGAAAACGAUGAUCACGAAAAUGUGUACUCACUUUCAAGGAGACAGGAGCCAUGCAAGGCUUCUCAUUGUGUUCGGUCGUGUUCAGACUGUGCAGACCGUCAAUCUUCUGUCGGAGGCUCUGGGGAUUCCUGUUCUUGGAUAUAUGCUGGACAAAGGAGAUGGAUAUGUUCAGGUAUGUGCUAGUGUGUGGAAAAUAUGUCAGGGAUGUAAUUGAAAAUGUUGUGUCUGUUGUUGCUGUUGCAGUAUUUUUGUUGUUGUUGUUGUUGUUGUUGUGUAUUCUAUAGUUUUCUCCGUUGAGAUGUGAACAUACCAGGUUCAUUGAAAGGUGAAUUGCGACCUAGAAAACCAAUUAAUGUGACAUUUAAUUCAUAUAAUUUCAAAUCUGAAUAUGGAAAGGGCAAUACAGUGCGUAGUGCUUUUAAAUGUGAAAAAUGUCAUUUCUGAUGUGAAUGGAGGUAGAAUAAAAUGUAAAACCACUUACUGCAAAAUAUAUAACAAAGCUGAACAGAGUUUUCACGCGUCACUUUGCAUAAACAAGGAGUAUGCUGCUGUCAGAAUUUCUUUCAGCGGAUGGCCGUUCUGACGUUUUGAUAGUUGUAGCAGUCAGUUAAGAACGAUUUCGCUG